AUGGUCACAACGUCAUGUGGCGCAGCAUAUGCUGUCGAGUGCAGCUCUGACCGCUUCGGCAAUGACCUUGAAAACGGUCUCGUGUAUACCGACACUUACGAGCAAUGUCUCCAAGCCUGUGACAACACUACUGGCUGUGUCAAUGUUUCCUGGGUCAUUGGCAAGCCUGGUGCUUGCUACAUGAAGGGCAGCAUCGGUGACGUCCGCGUUAACUCGAACAUCAUUGGAGGACGCAAGCUUUCCGGCUGCUCCACCUUCAAGCUUCACCGCAAGCGCGUCGCGUUCGCCGCUCCCAAGGUCAAGCUGAACAAGCGUGCCGCGGUUGACGACUCCAAGGCGAAGUUGGAGAAGCGUGCUGGCUUCUUCGGUCCUGACUUCACAUUCACUCAGGCUCAAGUCACUGCGACUUCGACUGCCACUGCCAGGACUACCGUUACCACUACUUCGACACCCGUCUCCGGUACCGCUACAGCGACGGUUUACACUCUUGCCUCUGCUACGAUCACCUCCACCACAAGCGUGCCUACCACCGUCUUCAACACCGUCAGCGUUACCACCUGCCCGACUGCUUCCCCCACACUCUGA